AUGGCCGAACCGAAUGAGGAAGCUAUCGCCAGCUUCGUCAGCUUCACAAGCACAACGCGCGAGCAAGCUAUCGCCUUCUUGAAGGCGAACAACCUUGAUUCACAGAAAGCCAUCAACGCGUACUUCGAAGACCCGACGGGACCUCAGCCUGAGCACAAGCCGCUCCCCACAUUUUAUAAUGACAGCAGAGACUCUUCAUGGAGGUGGGACCAAGAAGCCAAUGCGCCACCAAUACCGCCGACAGCGCCGCCCUCUCGCCCUCCUUCCCGAACGGACAUACGUGACCAGGAACAGAAAGACGACCCUCGAGACUCGGUCGCGAUCGCUCCGCAAGGCUCCGAGAAUGGUCUCAGUCUGGCGCAACGCGAAGAGAAAGAACUACAACAGGCGGUUGCGAUGUCGUUGAAUUCGGACAUGGGUCAACAGGAAAGCGGAGUGACGUCGCUCAGCCAGCCGCAGUUCGGCAAAGCGACCCGGGAUCAUUACGACGAGAAUGCUUGGGCGUUAACUCUAUUUAACACAUCCUCCGAAGAAGUCCUGAUUAGCCCUGAUCCAGAAGACCGCAAGAGGAUAGAGGGGGAGCCUGCGUUCAUCCGCCCUAACCCGGACAGCACUUAUCUAGGAGGGCUAUUGACAAUUCUCCAUAAUAUUCCCCUCGCACGCGAGGCGUUGCUGCUACGAAACAAGCCGCUAUUUGACUAUGGUCAUGAGCCGCAGUGGUGGAAUGGACAUUCGAUAAAUCUACCAAAGAUUGUGACCAUGGAUGAUGACAUUGCACUGGAUAGCGACUGGGAUGAUAUCAUUCAUGAGACCCAGCGAUUGAUGGCUUUUAUGGAUACCACGAAACGUGCAUUCGGCAGCAGCAACAGCUUAGCGAGGAUCAAAAGCAUGUCAUCUUUCUCAUCGGAUUCAGAUGAAGCCGUUGCCAGAUUUUUGGAAGCGUGGCAUGGUGCAGCCAUCCGGAUGGAUCCCGAAAAUCCGCUGACGACUCUGUUCACGUCACAUGCAUAUAAGAAGGAGCUUUUCGGCGAGUUUGAGGAACCGAACAACAAGGAGCUCUUUGUUUUUGAGCCUUCGGUUGAGCGGGAACAGGACCAAGCGCUUUACGAGGUCUUGGAUUCGGCUUUCUGGUCUGAUCGCCCAGGACAAGAGCUUGACGAUACAUGGCUUGAACAUGUUGCAGAGGUGCUAGUCUUCAAGAUCGAUGCUCUCCAGAAACCAAAUCCUGUGGGCGUGGAAAUUCCUCCCGUGUUCUAUCCAGAUCGGUAUCUUAGCAGCUGCCGUGAAAUUUCUCGGGAAUUUCGUUCGAGACAACAGCAGAUACAGGGGGAUGUGUUGAAACUCGAGCAACUCAUACAUCGCUACACGGUUCCGAGGGAUCCCGUGGGUAGCUUAACGGUCACUGAACUCCUGGAGCAAGCAGCCAAAGCGGUGCCAAAAGUGGCACCAGAGCGAGCGAGUGGGGAUCCGCCCAGCGCCGGGCCGGCAAAUGCAGAUACGAUAAGGAUCACAGAGAAGUUGAAAUCAAUUUCUACAAAGAUAGAAGCCAAGCUCAAAGAUCUGGAAGUUAGAAAGCAAAGUGCUCUCGAGUCCCUUCAUGAAAUUUCAAAGACACUUACGGAACCUCCCAAAUCCCCCUCUGAGCCCCCUGUCUACAGGUAUACGCUACGAGGCGUGUGCACUGAACCGCAUGUGACUUAUGUCUUGUCGAAUCCCAAGGCAACUGGCCUAACAGACUUGAUGGACAUGGACACAGACACUGAGACCAGCCGGGGUUACGAAUGGUGGCGUAUCAGCUUCUCUCAGGAAGAUGGAAAAUUCCGGCAAGCCGAGAAAAGAAAAGCCCAGAGCGAUCCGAAAACCUCGGAUGCCGAUGUUGUCGGAUAUACUGUCCGGAAAGUCCAAGAAGCCGAAGUGCUCCAAGCUGCUCGCGAAGAGGGGAGUUCUAUCCUACUCGUUUAUGCAAGCGAGAACGCAACGAACGCACCAGUGGACCCUGCGCCCGCGCAGCUACAGGGCUUUGUGAACCGGGACAACGAUGCCUUCGGGGACGAAUUCCAAAAUACUCCUACCAUAAUCCUAAGUGACCAAGAAGGUCCAUCUGGGGAUUCCAACGGCGGGGAAUGCCGCGAGAAACAACAAAAGCCGGAGAGACCGAAGGCCGCAGAUGUCAACGUCUUUGACUAUGAGGUUUCCGGCUUUGAUGACGAGCAAAAGCCCAGCAAAGAAAUGGAGGAGAAAGGUAGCGCGAGCCUUUUGGGUGCCACCGCAUUUAACUCCGAGGUGCCUCCGCCCUUGGAGGACGUUUCACAGGGGAACGGUGCGGUUAAUGAAGACAUGCCGGAUUACCCUAAACAUGCAUGGUAA